CAGGCCGACCUCACAGGAAAGGGGCAGCCUAUGGUCACUCACAGUCAUCUGUUUGUCCCACAGCUCAGAGCCAUGUCAUCAGGCCAGCAGGUGUGGCAUACAGCCAUGCCACCCCCUGGCUGGAGCAGCCCCACAGCCACAGUGCCCAGGUCUCCUGGCUCGGUCAGCAACCCCACGUCCCCCAACACCCCUGGCUCCGAGAAGGUGGCCUCCCCGCUUGAGUGCUCCAUCUGCUUCUCGGGCUAUGACAACAUCUUCAAGACGCCCAAGGAGCUGUCCUGCACUCACGUCUUCUGCUUGGAGUGCCUGGCACGGCUGGCGGCUGCCCAGCCAACAAGCCGGCCUGGCAGUGAGGCUGUGCCCUGCCCAUUCUGCCGGCAGCCCACGGCUGUGCCUGCCGACGGGGCCCCUGCACUACGCACCAGCCGUCAGCUGCAGGCCAGGAUGCCAGCGCACCUGCGACGGGAGGAGCCCGUGUGGCUGGAGGGCACCAAGCUGUGCUGCUUCCCCCCGCCCUCUGCACCUGGCCUCUCGGCACCCGGCUUUGUGUGCGUGGACGUGGGCCUGAGCAAGCCUGCUGAGCCCACUGUGCCCACACCCACCCCAGUCCCCACCCGCCGCCGGGGCCGCCUGGCUCGCUGCUGGGCACGCUUCGGGGACUGGAAGCGCAUGGCACUCAUUACGGCCCUGCUGCUGGUGCUCUUCUGUGUAGUGCUCUGGCCUGUGCAGUGCGCACUCAGGACAGGGAGCCUGCACUGCCUGUCUCGGCCGCCUAGCAGGCCGCCUGCCAGCACUGCCCCAGCCACCAUCACCUAUGCAGACACCUUCUCCCUUGGGCCCCUGGCCGACAACUAGGGUUGUCCCAUGCUCCAUAUGUGGGUCCCCAGCCCAUAGCUGAAGUCACAGGUGCAGCAGCUGUUGGGAGUCAGUUCCCAGGACCCUAGAGGAGCCCCAGCAUCUCUGAGGACCCCAUUUGGCUCACCUGUCCCCACUCUAUGGGGCUGGUUCCUGAUGGGGUGGACAAAAGUCUCCCCAAAGAUAUAACAAGAAUAUCUCCAAGAUAUCCAAACAUAUCCCCAAACAUAUCCCCCUCAUAACAGGCUCUUAUGAGCCCCAAAGAACACUGCCCUAACUCCCAUCAUACAGUUGGGGAGACUGAGGUCAAGGAGAGACAGCCUGACCAGGCCCCCUCCCUGUACACACUGUGAAUUGCCCACGGGGCCACCCUUGCUGAGAGGGGAGGGGGCUCACCACCCUUAUUUUCACAUUUCACCCACGUUGCUUCCCCAGACCUUCCCCAGGCAGGGCUGGCCCCUUCUGUUGGGUGGGCGUGCUGACCCUGCCCUCUGGACAGGGUGACAGGGCAACGGCAGAGAGCCCAACCCCCCGGUGCCCCUGCAACCCACCUGAAUUGUACAUUUCUAAAUAAAUUAUUUUGUAUCCGCA